UUCCGCUUUCUCGAAGGGAUUUGCACACAAAAAUAAUGCUGGUUGCCUCAGCGUUUCGCCAAUCUGCGAUUCUGAAAUCUGCCAUCGCUGGCUGUUCGCAGUCGCUCCGCUUCUGGUCGGCGCAAUCCCACCCCACUCCAACCCCCAUCUCAACGACAAGGACCACGGCAACGGCAACGGCAACUUCAACGGCAGCUGCUUCAUCGACCGGGGCUGCUGCGACUGGAUCCAAUCCGACCAAGCCGGGUUUGGAUGCGACAACUACGUCCGACAGCGCUCCUCCUUCUCCUCCUUCUCCUCUGCCAAACAAGUCCCUCAUCAACCGCAUCAUCUACGGCGAUCCUGCAACGUCGUCCAACAGCGAUGCAACGCAGCCAGCAGAGUCCCACAGCAAACUCGUCGGCGCCAACCAGCUUUACGAGAUGCACUUUCACCAUGUCAAGCCCGAUCGCUGGAACGAGUAUAUGGAUUUGACAUCGCAGUAUGUGCCAAAGCUGUUGGCAAGCCCCGACUUCAAGGGUCGAAUGACUGGCAGCUGGACCACCGCGAUUGGCGAUCCCGAGCAAGCACUCACUAUUUACGAGUACGACGGAUUUGCGGCGCAGCGAGACACGAGCCUGGCUCUUGCGAGAAAUCCCGCGCAUGCAGCGUACACGACACAGCUGAGAUCGACCCUGCGUUCGCGUCAUGUCAAUGUCGUGUUGCGAUUCCAGUUCUGGCAGCUAGACCCAUCGCCCAUGACUCCAGGAUCGCUUUACGAACUGCGGUCGUACAUUCUGCAUCCCGGAAAGCUGCUCGAGUGGGAGCAACGAUGGCGCCGGGGCCUCGAGUGCCGCCGCCAAUUCUGCCAGCCUGUUGGAGCGUGGUUUAGCCAUGUCGGCGAUCUCAACAAGGUGUACCAUCUUUGGCUCUAUGCUGAUCUCGAAAAGCGCAAGCAGACUCGUGAAGCUGCCUGGCAAGUGGAUGGUUGGGCACAGACAGUUUACAACACCGUGCCUUUGAUUCAGCACAUGGACUGCACCAUCAUGUAUCCGCGCGAGUUCUCGCCGCUCAAGUGAGGCUACACACGUUGUUCGACAGCUUGGUGGUGGUGCACCUGGUCGCUUUGUU